GUUGCUCGUGCGGAGGAUAAGGGAUGAUAUAUUUAAGUCAUCUCAAAGUUGAUACCACAUCCUCGUUGACGUUGGUGAUCUUACAAUUUGUCCACUGUCUCUAGGUCUACGAUGCUCUUGUGCCUCUGCGGUCCGUAUGCGAGUUUUCCUGAAUCGUCUCUUCCUCACUUGUAUGACAGCGACUCUACUCGAUCGAAAGAGCUUGAUCUCGAUAUGUUCGCAUAGACAUACUUCUGCCAAUCAGCUCCUGGAUUUGGAUACCCGUAGAACAAUUUUGGAUACGGCUAUGUCGCACAUAUGCCGCUACAAGUUGCAAGAGUCUUAUUUUUUUUUCAUCGAUCAGAGUUCAAACAGUUUUACCAGUCCGUCUAUUGACGGCUUGCUUUAUAAACGGGCUGGUCGCGAGUCCAAUAUUUGAGGACUUGUAUCACCGUAGUGAAUCAGGUGUCGGCCCGCACUCCUAACUGAAGGUCCUAUCAUCAUAUGAUGCCAUAUUGAACACCGAAUCGGACACGC